AUGGCCUACGAGAUGAUGCUGUACCCGACGGAGAAGACUCCGCAAACCGUGCCGGCGGCCGGUAGCAGCUACACAUCGUCGGAUCUGUACGCCUCGUACGCGGAGCUGUUCGAUCUGUCGCUGGUGCCGAACGACGGCGAGGUACCGCUCAGUCCGCAGCAGCCGCAAAGUGUGCCGCUUGGGCCCAGCCCGGCCGGUAGCAGCCCCGAGUACAUCCCGGCUACGAUCUUCCACGACGUGCCGGCCGGCGGACCGAUGCAUCAGCUGAAACAGGAGCAUCUGGGGACGACGUGGUCGGACACUUGGAGCGUCAGCAGUGGCUACCUCAGCUGCGGCAGUGUCAGCAAUCCGGGCUCCCCCGAAUCUCCGGCCUCAUCGUACGGGCUGCUGGACCAUCCGCACCACCAGCAGCAGUGGUCUGCGGCCACUACGCUGCAGCCGCAGCCUCCGCCACCGUACGAGCAGCAGCAGACGAUCAAAAGCGAGUACGAGUCGGGCCCGGAGACCAGCAUCGACCUGGAGUCGCUGCUCGGUGACGCACCGUCCACCAUCGUGAAGGUGGAACCCGGUGGUGGCCACCCGUACUCGUCGUUCCAGAGCGCCGGGCCACAGCCGGACAAGGUGCCACCGCAACACGGCGGCGGCUUCCAGAUACUGCGGGAGCACCUGCAGGACACCAGCUUCCAGCGGCGCCACAACCUGAAACCGUUAGAGCUGGAUUCGCUAAUCGGAGGCCUCACGACGCACGCCGACAUUAGGCCGGUGUUCGAGUUUGCCCUGCAGGAGGUGAAGGCAACGAUGCAGGCGAUCUGCACCGAGCUCGGCAUCUCGCCCGAUCCCAAACAGUGGUCAACCGUCACGGUGCACCAGUGGCUGAACCUGGCCAUGGGCAAGUACUCGCUCCCGCGCCUCGACAACCUGGGCCGCCUGUUUCCGGAGAACGGUGCCCAGCUGGCCGCCCUACCGCUGGAGGAGUUCGUACGCCGCAUUCCGCAGGGCGGCCACCAGCUGCACGGAUACCUCGAGCUGUGGCUGAUGGAGGCCGACAGCAUGAACAGUGCGAUGAUGAUCAGUGUCGGCGAGGGUAUCACUGGCCAAGGGGCCGGCACCCUGCAGGCUCCAGGGCUCCAGGGCGUAGCACCGCACUUCCCCGGCACAUCGGGCAGUGGUUCCGCCGCCAGCCCGGCGAUGCUGGUCGAGAACUUCGACAGUGACUCCGCAAGCGGCGAUGCCAGUGACGAUGACGACGAAGAGAUGCCGCUUGAAAGUCCGGGAAGUUCGUCCUCUGCCGGUGGCGGUGGUGGACGGUCGGGCACGGUGACGACGGUGGCCACGGGCGGGACGACUGGCCCGAAGCCACGCCAGAGCGGCUCGCACAUCCAUCUGUGGCAGUUCCUGAAGGAGCUGCUGGCCAAGCCGGAGCAGAACCAGAACGCCAUCCGUUGGAUCGAUCGCCAGAAGGGAGUGUUCAAGAUCGAGGACUCGGUGCGCGUGGCCCGUCUGUGGGGUCUCCGCAAGAACCGGCCGGCCAUGAACUACGACAAGCUGUCCCGCUCGAUACGGCAGUACUACAAGAAGGGCAUCAUGCAGAAGACCGAACGCUCCCAGCGGCUCGUCUACCAGUUCUGCGCCCCGUACGCUCUCUAGAGUGCCGGAGCCGCGGAUCCGUACCUAGGGUUAAGUUUUAUUUAUUACGCCUAACUUAUUCCCCGUCAGUCGUCCGUCCGUCCCCCGGGAGGGAACGAUCACUCUUUCGUAUUAUCGAACGUUCCGGAGCGCCGGCGAUCGUGUGGUCGGUGCGGUAGUAUUAACCCAACGGCCAGACGGAACAGGAUAAUAUCUGCUGAAAACGAGGUGAUCCCCAUCAACCAUCAAGCUGCCCGGGGAACAGCGGACGGACGAAACAGAAUUGCCAACCUCAGCCAACUUCAAACGAGCGUGUCAACAUUGGCUACGCUGAUCGAUUUGGGUCACAACGCCGGUCAGGGCUGUGUAGCGUCUCGCUUCACGAGGGAGCUUCCCCGGAAGCGAGAACCCAGCGACUGGUUGAAAGCGGACGGAUAACGGACACUUUCCUCUCGAAGCACAGCAGGUCGAGCUCCGUCACGGUCUAGGAUUUCCCGGAUGCGAUGAGGGUACAGCGACGCCAGCAGCUUCGGCGGUACAAGGAUCGCUUUCGGGCGAGGUCAGGUGUUUCCCGAAUUUCUAACGAUAAGCGCGGAACAGUGGCGGGUAGUGGCUCAUCACGCCCGUCGUCGUUCGUCGAAGUUUUGUCGCAUGAAGACACGGGAGUUACACCUUUGUUAUUCGUUCCAAGUAUUGCUUACCGCUCUGUGGUCACGUUGGUUUCCGGGCGUACCCGGGUAUUACGGGCGCCCGGCUGCGUUACAGAGUCGGUAAUUUCGGUCCCAUAUAUCUAUGAUAUAUUUUUACUGUAAGUUCUAUGAACAUUACAAGCUAGUUAGCGAUCGUUAGAUGUAGAGAGAGAGAGAGAAAGAGAGAGCGCGCGCGCGUUGGUAGGAGAUCCGUACGGUUAGGUUAAGCACUUAGGUGGUACACAUUGAUUUGACGUAUUUGUUUAAAAUUUCAUUCAAACGGAGGACAGAACUCCUUCUCUUCCGGAACAGAAGUUUCUCUCCGUUCGUUUGGUGUCACUUUAUUUAAGUUAAGGCAUACUUGUGCUCCAUCGAACAUGUCGUUCGCUCCGGGCACAGCUACAUUAAGUAUGGCAAUAUUGCGCAUAGAAAGAGGUACAGCAUUAAUUAAGAUUUAUUCGCGUAUUGAGUAAACCGACGGCACAGAAAGCGAGAUUAACGCCACGGACGUCGCAUGGAUCAGUUCCCAGUCAACCGAUCAACAGUUGUCGAUGAGAAGCCCUUGAGCUCACCUUCUCAUCGUAGACUUUUCGCCGGUUUCUGGUUAGAUGGUUUCUGGCCGGUUUCUGGUUUUCGCUCGUUCGCGCGACAUGGAAUCUUCACAUUAAUAGAAUCAAGAGAGCAUACGAUUGUUGUGCUUCACUCUGCCGUUGGGCAGCUUCUGUUGAACCACUUAAUGUUAUCGUAGCACGUAAGACCACACUAAACUACGCAUACGGCCCCCCUAGUGGCCUUUACUUCGCCUAAUCGAUUUACAUUUCAUUAUGGGUGUUUGGGUAGCUGCCCGCGUUGGUAGCAUAGUUGGUAGUAUCGAUAAGUCCCCAGCGUAAGCGUUGCGUUACAAUUAGCUCCAUGUGAUUUUAAGUGCCUUUCAUAAUUUUAAAUAAUAACCGCCGCAGGGCAAACUAAUCACGGUUUGCACAAGUGUUCCGCGAAGAGUGCAAUCUUUGCACUAGAUCGAUCGGCUCACUCGGAUCCAAUCGGCGCAUUAUUUUUUGUAGAGCGCUUAACUUUAGUACCAGACCAACAAAUGUAACAACGGCAUCGCCGAUGCACUCCGUGUUGAUGAUCGAAAUAAAUGGAACCAAAAAAAAGCGACAA